AUGGACUGCGGCCCGCCCAGCCCGCAGCCUGCAGCGCCUCGCGCCCCCGGCCCGUGCGUGAUCGCGCCUGUGCGCGCCGCGCUGCGUCUCCGUCGCCGCGUGUGCCUCCUGCGCAAGCGCCGUCUGCUGCUUCCCAGCGCGGGGUCGCUGGACGCAGGGCUCCGGGCGCCGCACGCCGGAGCCGACCAGCCGCGCUUCUUCACCUUCGACGGCGCCGCGGAGCUGGCCUCGAGGGCACCGCGCAAGAGGCGGAGGCGUAGCCGCAUGGUGCUGUACCCAGAGAGUUCGCGCAAGUACCUGCCACGCGCAGAGCACCGGAGCCGUGCGCAGCACUGCUUGCUGCUGCUCGUGGCGAUCGUGGGCUUCCAGGUGCUGAACGCCAUCGAGAACCUGGACGACAACGCGCAGCGCUACGACCUCGACGGGCUGGAGAAGGCGCUGCAGCGCUCCGUGUUCGGGCAGCCGGCAGCCGUGGGGCGCAUCGUGGCGCUGCUGCGGGACUACCUGGCCACGCACGUGCACAGUCGCCCCCUGCUCCUGGCGCUGCACGGGCCCAGCGGCGUGGGCAAGAGCCACGUGGGCCGCUUGCUGGCGCGCCACUUCCGCGCCGUGCUCGGCGACGGGGAGCUAGUGCUGCAGUACCACGCGCGCCACCACUGCCCGGAGUCGCGUGCCACGCAGGCCUGCCGCGAGGAGCUGGCGCGGCGCGUGGCCGACGUGGUGGCGCGGGCUGAGGCCGAGGAGAAGACGCCGCUGCUGGUGCUGGACGAGGUGGAGGCCAUGCCGCCCGCGCUCCUGGACGAGGUGCACGGCUUCCUGCAGCCGCAGCGCUCACACCAGUUCCACAGCGCCAUCUACCUGCUCCUCAGCGGCGCGGGCGGUGGUGAGGUCACGCGCUUCGUGCUGCAGAACGCCUCCCGCGAGCUGGCCCGGCGGCCCGACGCGGGCCAAGGAGCCGACGCGGAGGAGGAGCUGCGCGCCAGCCUGGGAGCGCUCCUGGCCCGCGAGCACCCCCUGUGGAAGGCCGCAGCCAUUGUGCCGUUCCUGCUGCUGGACAAGUGGGACGUGGUCAACUGCUUCCGGGAGGAGAUGGCGGGGGAGGGCUUUUUUCCUGAGCAGGCCCGCGCCGAGCACCUGGCGGCGCAGCUCAGCUACUACCGCGUGUCUGGCCGCGAGUACGCCAUCACUGGCUGCAAGCCGGUGGUAGCCAAGGUGAACCUGUUGUAG